GCGCAUCAGGAAACAGGCGACGCAGGCGCACGGCGGUUCAGCGCUGGGCAGCGCGGGGAAGGGACGCCGCGCGCGGGCUGGCGGGCGCGCGCUCUGGCAGCGCGGCGCGCGUCAUGGAACAGCGGUUAGCUGAGUUCCGAGAGGCUCGCAAACGCGCCGGGCUGGCUGCCCAACCCAGCACUUCGAGCCGGAACGCACAAACCUCUGGAGAGAAGGCGGAAGUAGCUGCGACUCCAAAGGCAGCCCCAGGCUGGCUAACACGGUUCCUGGUACUGGUACGGAAACCGAGGCCCGCGAAUGCGCGAGCCCCGCCCAGCCUCGCUCAGGAAGCUGCUCAGCCUGGGAGCAGCACCACCCAGCCCCCUCAGAGCGCAGCCAUUCCUCCGCCAUGGGAUCAGUCUCUCCUGAUCAACGUCACCUUCUUGAAGGUUCUUCUCUGGUUGGUCCUCCUGGGACUGUUUGUGGAGCUGGAAUUCGGCCUGGCUUAUUUUGUCCUCUCCUUGUUCUACUGGAUGUACGUAGGGACCCGAGGCCCUGAGGACAAGAAGAAGGGGGAGAAGAGCGCCUACUCUGUGUUCAACCCAGGCUGCGAGGCCAUCCAGGGCACCCUGACAGCAGAGCAGUUGGAACGCGAGUUACAGUUUAGGCCCCUGGCGGGCAGGUAGGACCCCGCUCCACUGUCCUGCAGCCAGCCAGGGACCAGCCCUCCCACCCCUGCAGCGUGGACUUGGGUUCAGAUGCACAGGACUGAGGACAGCUUGCAGGUUGGCUCUGUGGCUGCGUGACUCUUUGGACCUCCAGUUUCCCUGACCUGCUGCUGCAGUUUUAUCUUUGAACUUCUCUUUGGUGAAAUUCUCCAGAAGACAUGCCCUUUAGGGCUGAUGCAGUUUAUAAAAGUUGCUCAGAACUUUUGUUUGUCUCGUCAUUUGAGAGAUGAUUUUGAGCACUAGGAAGGCACUGGGAGAUUGUCUAUUUGAAAUAUCGAGCUAUUUUGAAGUAAUGAUUAAGUACAGCAGGGCUGUACAUUAAACAUAAAUGUUUUCUUUAAGACUUAAUAUUCCCAGCAGCUUGGGAGGCUGAGGCAGGAGGAUUGAGAGUUCAAAGCUAGCCUCAGCAAAAAGUGAGGCGUUAAGCAACUCAGUGAGACCC